UCUGCACUGAUGAUAGAAAUCCAACUUCUCCAAGAAAUUUUCCUCAGCAAAAUGAGGUCCAGGUCUUUCCCACCAAAGAAUUCUAUUAUUCUAUUUGUUGAUUGAAUGAUCAUUAAAUUUCAGAUGAAUUGAUUCAUCCUUUUCUAAACAUAUCAGUGACCCACAAUCAAAAUCUGUAGCAAAUAAUCAGUGUUUGGUAUCAUAUUUUUGGUAAAAGGUAUUUUUCUUUCUAUUUAUCUUUUCCUUUGUUGUUCUCUUUUUUAUCCUUUGAGAGGAUUUUGUGUGUGUGUAUGUUUAUCCUUGUCCUUGUAUGUAUGAUUGUGGUAUUAUUCCUUUUUUAAAACCGAUUUUUCAAAGUGUAUUGUAUAGUAAGUUUAUAUGUAUUAAUCGGCGAUCUGGUGAAACAUUUCGCACUAAUGAAGUUACGUCACCAACGUCCACGUACGGCUGAGAAAAUGUGAUCAACAUCACCCUCUAGUGGCCGUAUCCAUACAAACGACGAAUCAGACUUAAAUCAUAUUAUUUGACUCUAUAAAACAUGACUUUGAGCCAUUGAAAUUAGAUUUCGGGUGUUUGACAGACGCGCUUAUACAGAGCAACUGACACUAUGAGCAUUUGAUUGUUAAGGGCCUUGCUUAGGGGCCCUGUAGUGGCUGCAUAGUGGUGCUCAGAUUUGAACUCACAACCCAAGUUCAAGAAGCCUAACCACUAAGACGUCCCCUCAAGUCCCACCAUUCUACUAAUAUCUACCAUACAAGAGUCGAGAACCUUCUGGGUGUUUUGAAUGUCUGAUCAUCUUCAUUCAAUACCAUCAAGAUAAAAAUGCACCUGCUGCAAUAAAGGGUGUGGUUUUGGUUGUAUAACACAACAGUGUGUUCAUGGUGCUUUGGAUGUGGAUCAUCCUCCCAACUGGAUGCACUUCCAUUUGACUACUGGCGUUCCCAGGAUUCAAUGUGACUCGUGUGAAGCAGUUCCUGAAACAUUAUGUGAAAUUGUGGAUCAUUUAAUGUGGUGGAAUAUUAUUAUAUUAUAUUAUAUUAGUGUGUAUCACUCUAAUGUGUAGUCGCAGUGGCACUGUUGGGCCCUUUAGAAAGGCCCUUAUCCCUUUCUGCUCCAGGGAUGCUUGUAUCAACGCUGACCCCGAGCUCUGACCCCGAGCUUCCUAACAAGCCGGAAUAUGCGAAAAAAGAAUUUUGCUGUGCUGUAAACGUGACAAGUAAAAGCCUUUUCUACUUCCUUUCAUUCAUUCUAUAGCCUUCAUCAGAAUGUGAAUGUAAAAUACUCCCACAUGUUGACUCAAUAUUGAGUUUCAAUUGUUCUUUCUCUGUUUUGUUGUAAAUUCUAUUUGCUCUUUUUUAGUUUGUUGCAGUUUUCUGAUAUUGUAAAAAGUCUAUAUUCCUUUAUCUUUAUAUUUUCUGUCAAAACUGUGGAAACACCUGUAUGGUUUUUAAAACAUGGACACGUUUCUGUUGUUUAUAUGCGACAAACUAUUUUAAAGGGUAGAAAAACGGACAAGAAUACUACAGUCACUGGAAUAAAAAGUGGUGAUGGAGAAGAAGAUGGAGAACAGGAGAGAUGAUGUUCCCCACACCCAUUGUGAAACAUGGGGGUGGAGGCUUGAUGGUGGUUUGGGGUUUGUUUUGAAGUAGGGAAGGUUGGAGACUUAUUCCAAAAAGUAAAAGGAAUCCUAAACCAACAUGAGUCCCAUUCCAUACAUCAACAUCAUGCAGUUCUGUCUGGACCACGGCUCAUUGGAACAACUUCACCGUUCAAGAUGAUGAGGCGAAACCUACGUCUGAGCUCUGUAAGCGUUAUUCAGAGAGCAAACAGUCGUCUGGAGUGUUUCUAGAAUGCAAUAACCUGCCCAGUCACUGCACCUAAAUCCUAUUGAACUGCUCUAAGAUGAACUGGAUCACAAGAAAGAAAAUCUCCAGUAGUCAAAAAUGUUUUUGACAAGUUUUUACAAGAGGCAUGACAAAGUAAUUCAGCUGAAUGUUUGGAGAAAUGAAGUUGUCCAAGUCCCAAGAGUGUGAAAAAUCUGGACAUUUCUAUAUGUAUUUGUUUGGUCAAAUUAAAUCUUAAACCUGGUUUGUUGCAUAAUGUGUCUCCAAAACCACAAAAGAUUAAGGUUUUCCUGACAGGCACCACAUUUACGAGCAUUUCACUGCAUGUCGUACUGUGUAUGGUCGUGUUUGUGACCAAUAAAGAGUUGAAUUUGAAUAAACAGCAGCAUUAAAUACAGUUUACGUGAUAUGGCUCUUUGGGUCUAAACGUAUGGCCUUCACAAAUAUACGUAACACCUUUAUAGGCUCUUUUUGGCAGCGGUUCUUCUGACCAGCAGCAGUGGUUGUGGCAGAAAAACUGUUUACCUCAUUUUUAGACAUCCAGGCUGAAAUGGGUUCUCAUAUCUGAGUUUCAUAUCUGCUUGACACAAAACCCUUCAAGUAUUUGAUGUCAGAUGAUGCGAAAUGUUUACCAUCACAUGCUUUUCUAUUUUCAUUAUUGGGGUUUUAUGGGAGCAGUUGUGUGCUAUAAAUACUCAGUAUGCUUGACUGAAUAUGAAACAAACCAUUCUGGUUACUGAAGAAAAUGAGGAAGGAAACUGGCGUGUCUGCCUCAAGUUUCCAUUUCUUUCACUUUAACAACACAACAAGCGCGAGUUCGCCGGAGGAAAGGAACGAUGCAGCCAUGGUUAUUAAAACAAGACAUUUUUCAGCAGCUGCAAUUCUCCUCUUGCUGGCAGGAGUUCAGGCUCAGCACAGUGUAACUCUUUUCUCUCAAAGUAUUUGUUCUCUUACUGGAACUACAGUAAAAAUCCCCUGUAGAUUUACAAAACCUAAUUACUCCAGGGUCAAACACCGAGAGUGGUUUAGAAUCCAAAGCUUUGGACAAGAAGCUGACCUGAGCAAAGAUCCACAAUAUGCAGGACGAGUGUCUGUAAGCACCUGGAGCGCUGACUGUGACCUGACAUUGAGCAAUGUGAGACCGAGUGACUCUGGAGUUUAUAACUUUAGAUUUCAAACAUACAGCAGUUACUGGAUAUCAGCCCCAUCUGGAGUUUCUCUGACUGUUACAGAUAUUAUUGUGGAUACAUACGGAGUAAUGCGAUUAAAAAGCUGAGCUGUGUCACCACCUGCACUUUGUCUGACAUCCCCACUUACAUCUGGUACAAGAACGGACAUGUUAUUUACGAGAACAAAAAAGUAAUGAAUGUCAAUAGUUUAAAUGCAGGCAGCUACUCCUGUGCUGUAAAGGGACAUGAGGAUCUUCGCUCUCCUGCUGUCUGUCAUUUUGAUCCGAAGAAAUGCUGGAGUGUGACUUACUCAUCCCAGACUAUCUGCUCUGUAAUUGGCUCGUCAGUGGACAUUCACAGUUAUUAUACCUUCCCUAAUUAUCACAAGGUCACAAGCAAGUUCUGGUUUGUUAAAGAGCAGGUUAACAUUGAGCCUGUGGAUAUGAUAGAGGAUGAAACGUAUCAGGGCCGAGUGCAGUACACACACAGUUCCCUGAAUAACUGUAGUCUGAGAAUCACCAAUCUGAGAGAGACAGACGCUCAAACAUACACAUUCAGAUUCUUCACCGACUGGGACAAAUUCAUGGGCGAACCUGGAGUCCUACUGUCGGUUACAGAUCUGAAGGUUAUAGUCCAGUCAGACUGGAGUGAUCAGAACAUACAGCUGAGCUGUAACACCACUUGCACUCUGUCUCACAACACAAUUUACAUCUGGUACAAGAACGAACAGCGUGUUCCUGAGUGUAAAUCUGCCUCCUGCUCUGUAGCAGCAGACAGUGGUGAGGUCAGUUACAGCUGUGCUGUUGAACCUCAUGAGAGUUUCCGAUCUCCUCCAGUGUAUUCCCCUACAAACACCAAAGCAGUGGUGAUUUCCUCUGGAGACACGGUAGAAGGAGAUUCAGUGACUAUGAGCUGCAGCAGUGACGCAAAUCCUCCUGUUCUCAUCUACACCUGGUUCAAGCGAGAAGAUCCAGAUAUACUGCUGACAUCAAACCAGAAAUUCAACAUCAGCAACCUCAGCAAACAGCACAGCGGAUUCUACUACUGUACUGCUUACAACCAGCUGGGACGCCACAACGCUACACCCGUACACCUGGACGUCUUAUACGCUCCUCGAAACACAUCGUUGUCUGUCGCGUCUGGUGAUUUGCCUACACUGUCAUGCUCAAGUGACUCAAACCCCAUCAGCUCGUACACCUGGUAUGGAAAAACGCAAGGAGGCGUGACGCUGACUGGAAAUGGUGCUAAAUUAACUUUAUCAUCACAAUCCUUAUACAAAUUGUAUUACUGUACAGCAGAAAAUCGACUCGGGGCUUCCAAUUCGUCCGAAUGGGCACAUAAAUCAGAUAACAGAGUCGUGACGUACGCCGCAUCCGCAGUCACUGUUGCUUCGGUUGUGAUAUUUUUCGCUGUAUUUCUCUGGAUAUGCAGGAGACGAGCAUCAGGGUCGAGUAGCAGAAGGGAGGAGUGCACCAAAAAUAACUCCCCUCCUGUGUAUGGGAACAUCUCAGACUCGACGUCUGACCCCACACAAACAACCUCCUCAGAAGUUCAGGACAGUGUUCAGUACCGCAGUGUUUAUUUCAGCCACUCGAAUGCACAGGAGGUGCCUCUCUACUCAACUGUUCAACUGCCAAAGGUUUAUAGUCAGAAGGAGGAAGUAGAAUAUGCUACAGUGAGCCUUGUCACGUACAGUGAUGUUCGAGAGGAAGAAAUCUACAAGAAUCUGAAAUUCCAAAAAUAAGCAGAGUCUAGACUGGCUCUAAAAUUCAGCGACAAGGUCCAGACCCCCUUUUUUCUUCAGUCAUAUUAUAAUAUAUAUAGUAUACUUGUUUUCUCUUUUUUGACUCUGUGAUGUCUUUUAUCUAACAUUGGCUGUUUUGUAAAGCUUUGUGUGCUUUUAUUGCUCAAACGUUGUCGUGUGUAUGAUUUCAGUAGCACUGUUUUCUCAAUUAUUAGGGUGUAUUGGACACAGAUAUUUAUUGUAAUAAAAAAUGUCGACUGUAUAAGCACUUAAAUAUAUUUCAUUUAUUUUUUGACAUAACAUUUGGUAUAUCGUUAAAAGAAAUCUGUAUAUAUAAAGGUAUAGGUGGUCUAGCUGAGGAUUCUUCAGCAUGGCAUUGAGUAAAUAUCUUUGAGUGAAGCUCAGCUGAAUGUGUGGUGCACACUCCCAUCCAGGGUGUAUUUCUAGUACAAUCCUAGUGGUUCUCAGCCAGCCAUAGGCUUUGGGUUUGCUGGACACUGGUCACUUCAUAACACACACAAUGUCAUUACAAGCAGACUGCUUAUGUCCCAAACAGGAGUUCCAACCCCUAUCCUCCCUUUCCUGUCAACUUUUAAGGACUCUAGUUGGCAGGGUUUUUCAUUGACCAAGACACUAUGACCACCAUCAAUAACAAUAACUGUAAGACAGCAUAAUGUAUAGUUAUUUUGUCUGCAUAAAAUUGCAUGUCUUAAUAUCUUCCAUUAAAUGUCCUGUCAUCCAACUUCCAGACCACAGAUCCCCCUAUCCUCAACCCCAGAGCUCAUCACAUGAUCAUCCAAUCAAGCGCCUAUGCUCCAUUAAAGUCAUUUGAUUAGUAACCACCCUCACCUGUUACCAAUUACACACUCGCUCUAAAUACCCCUUUCCCACACCACCAAUAUUUGUUUGCUGGAUUUAUUAGGACCAGAAUCUCAACAUGAACUUAGCGAAACCUGAUGAAACCAAUGAUGAGUCUUAUCUCACUGUUCCACCUAAAUCUUUCAUAAUCAGUAGCUGAAAAUAUAUCGAUAGAUUAAAUCUGCACAAUGAUAGCAGAAAUAACCCUGAUUUUGGCCGUAAGGCAAAAAAUAUAACAUCGUAAUGGAAACAUAGAGCCUCAUUCUGCAAACGGUGUCUGCUUCCUGUGUUGCCUUCUGAGUAAAGAACAGAGGGCGUUUAUUUCCUCUCAUAACAACGAUGAAUUUGGUAUCAUAAAGCGAUUAUAUGAUGAAUUCCAUGGCUAGAAUACAAAUGGCAAAUUAUAACCAAACAGAUCUCGAGAAAAUAGUGCAUAGUCCACAGCUUCAAUUCAAAUAAUAAUAUUAUGAAUUAGAAAGUCGAUGCAGCAUAAACUAUCACCACUAUCACGUCGCAAUUAUAGAAACCAUCAAUACGAUACAAAAACGCAAUAUAAC